CACGUCAGCUCUAGACACAGUCGACAAUAUAAAUGAGCUGUGCACUCCGUCAAACACAUCAUCUUGAAGAGAAGGAAGCAAUCUGCACUUUCUACAGGAGCCUGUCAUCAUGUUUCCAACAGCGGCCUCAUUUGUGGUUUGCAUUGCCCUGGCUCUCAGCAGGGUUGCAGCUCAGGGUGACGAGAAGGAAGAAGUGGUGAAGAGGGAAGCGUCAAUGUGUGAUGGUUCCUGUCUGAAGGGUUGGAGCAGUUUCAAAAACAAGUGCUACCAGUAUGUAAAGGACAGGAAGACAUGGGCUGAUGCUGAGUUGUACUGCCGCAGUCUCGGAGGGAACCUCGCCUCUAUACACAGUGUCGAAGACAACCAGGCCAUCCAGAACCUGAUCAGAAAUAAUGACGCCUCAAAUGGUUAUACCUGGAUCGGGGGUUCUGACUGCUUCAAGGAGGGGUCAUGGUAUUGGACCGAUGGAUCUAAAUGGGACUACAACAAUUGGAACAAGGGAGAACCAAAUAAUUUUGGAAUCGAAAAUUGUCUGCAAUUUAACUUUCCAGGUAAUAUAUCUUUUUAAUGGUUUAUCAGCAUUUCAAACAUGUGUUUCUUCACAACACUUGAGACUUACAACAAAGAAUUGUGUUAGAACCUUUUGUUAGAAAGUUUCUUUGACUUGUCUCAUAUAUAGGACCCACAAUGAAAGACCGUUCUAAAUUCUUCUUUAGAACAACCCAAGGGUAUUGAAAGUGGUUCUUUGAUACACGUGGCCCAAUUCAGCAAAUCGGAAGUUUAUACACACAUCCAUUAAUCAAAAAGGUGCAGGGCACGAUUUAUUCCAAACAAGUACACUUCUGAAGCUCCACAUCUUUUCUUUAGUUUAAAAACACCAUGCCAUCAGGUAAAAUCAGUGAUCAAG